CAACGGAAAAAAAAAAUAUUUUGUCGGAAAUAAAGAAGAACCCAGAAUUUUCACACAGAUGCUCCGGAAAGACACAUCUGUUAAACAAAUGAUUAAGAUUUUUUGUAGAUUGUUAAUAAACAAAGACAUCUGUGUGUAACUUUGGAUUUUGACAAAUCUUUCAGACUGAAAUAGGGAUUUUCUAAACAAAUAACGGUCGUUUUAAGACCAGAAAUUGUAAAUAUGCGCCAUUUUCGUUCCUUUACAAAACUAUCAAGUUGAUAUGAAAGAUUUGGCCUCCUAUCAGUAGAAAUCAAAGAAGAAAUGUUUUCAUCGGGGUUAUUUGUCAGUCGGGCGUCGGGAUACAUCUUUAUUCUCUUCCACUUUAUUAAACUCAUCAACCAUUUCAUUUUUCACAUUCUUCUUUUCUCGGCUUUUUACCAAGUCUUUUUGUUUGGUAACAGGAACAACUCUAAGCUCGGCUCGAUUGGCUGAUUCCUGUCAAAGUCCUUUAAAGUAUGAAGAAAAAUAGGAUGGAGUGCCAUUCAAUUAAAGUCUUCAACUGAAGUUAUCCUUAACUGUUGUCACUUUAAAAAAAAAAGGUCCAAAAAUGUUUCCUAAGUUUUUGUGCAAAAAUAAAGUUUUGACAGUGGCGGUUUACAUUCAACUGAUCUUCUUAUCAUUUCAAUCAGUAAAAUUUUACCCUUGAUUUAUGAUUCAAAUAUAAUGAAAUAUUACGGUUCAAACUUGUCCGCGUACUUACUUGCAAAAGUUUUCCGCAAUGCACCUAUUUUCGAAUAAUUGUAAUAGUGACUUAGAAAGACUCCCCGUACAUGGACUCAGUGUUUUUACAUUUUCUGGUCUUUUGUGAUCAUAGAGUCCAUAAAAUGCUACUGCAAAAUAGAAACCCGCUUACGCCCACGGGUGACGCACAUUUCAUUAACUCAGCCAAACCGAGUUUACUAUGUAUUUGCAUGGUGCUUUCGAUGUUCCAAAUAAAUUUAUUUCACAUUUAUAUCGCACAAUUUAAAAUAAAGACACAGGUGUUUACAAAAUAGCCGUCGGAUAUGUAAACUAUAUAGAGAGUUUAUUCAAAUUUGUUCGCAUUUUAAAUAGGCAAGCCUGCCUUACGCGGGUAGCAAUUACCUUUAAUGUGACUUAAUAAUGUCCCCUCCCAUCGAUCGUUGAUGUUUAUGCUUUGAUUACUCAAUCAUUAGAAAUAGUCCAGGGUAGGAUCUUGUAAGUCUGGUAAAACGGGGAUAUCGCUCAUUUCGGGGAUAAUUUUUUCGAAUGGAUGGCAAAGUAAUUUUUAGAGAAGCCGAAGGAAUGGAUAUUUGUUUCAGAUUUUUUAGCGUCUGGCAGUCUUUAAGACAACUUCCGCAGAAAAAGUUGGUUUCCCGAACUUCCGACAAGCGCCAUGGGCAACUCCGUCCACAUCCGUUAAUGUGAAAUUAGUACUACCUUAUCCCGUCAGUAUGGUUGAAGUUAAUAGGCAUGGCAAUGACAAACAACACUGAAUUCCCAUACCAUACAUUAGAUGAAAUCGCCGGAAUCCCUACGACAGUCACUGAUGACACGAAAAAGGUUGCAAGUGGCUUCAUCAAUCUACUGGUUCCUCCGAUUCUUAUCACUAUCGGUGUCACGUGCAAUAUGAUGACCAUUUUAACCAUGCGCACAAAGUACUUCCGGAAUGUAUCAACAUCCGUUUAUCUGAAAGCAGGAGCAUUUAAUGAUGUGUUAGCACUUUUAAUUUCACUGUCUGCACAUUGGUUGUACGUAAAUUUUCCGGAAGUAUAUGUCAGGACUGACUCCUCAGAUCUUAUGUGCAAAUUUUUCAACUUUUACGGAAGUGGAAAUAACGACCUUGGAAUUUUAAUUAUAGCUAUAAUGACAGCAGAAAGGGCGUUUGUGAUUGGUUCGCCAUUCGGGGCAGUAAGAGUUUGUUCUGUAAAACGAGCAUGGAAAAUUAUGAUUGGAACGAUAGUAUUUGUCAUUCUGAAAGAAUGCCAUUUUCUUAUUUCAUCAGACAUUGUUCCCGCAGAAAGAACUGACCGACUGUGUGACGUGUUUCCGGAAAGAAGGUCAGAUGAAUAUCAAGUUUUCUAUGAUGACAUUUGGCCUUGGAUAAAUCUAGGAUACGUUUUAAUUUGUGGUAUAGCUAUUAUGGUCAGUAAUUGCAUUAUUUUAUUCUAUGUGCGUCGGUCAGCAGGCGACAAAUUCAAAGGAGGUCAAACGUGGCGCCAUUUGGUGCCAAUGUUAAUCGGAGAGUCAGUUUUGGUGAUAGUUCUGACAUUUCCAUUUUCUCUUCAUUUGGCUUUACUUGCAAUCCGACUGAAAUAUGAUUCGACUAUUUACACUGACGCUGAGAAAGCUGCAGCCGAAAAUCUCGUAUUUAACAUGACAUUUUAUAUGCUAUAUUCAAAUAAAUGUGCCAACUUUUUCAUGUACUGUGUAACCGGAAGUAGAUUCAGGGAAGGUUUGAGCGUUGCGCUUAUUGAUUUUUUCUGUAACAAGAAACUAAAAGAGAAAGUGAAAUCAAGAUCUUCCCUUGUGGUUUCAACAAUAACACCAAAAGUGUUUUCUAACAAGGAAACAGAGUCAAGGAGACGAUGUAACUGUUCAAAAAGCUCGUGCUGCGAAUCAGACGAUUCUGACGCGCCGUAUGAUAUCAUUGAGUUAGCAGAAAAGACUCAGAAAAGUUAUUCUGUCUAUAUAUAACAUCUGGAUUUCUGAGAAAAGUAAAUAAACCAUUUCGGUUUGUAUGUAUUCCAGUUGCACCCUAGAAAAUGCUUACAUGUCAUUUGAGAAAAGUGGUCAGUGU